AUGCGCCGCUAUUCGCAAGCUCUACUAACCGCAUGGAAAUGCUUGGGCUACAUUGAGAACACGGAUCGCGCAGCUCCAGGACAAGAAAAUGUUCAAUUAUGGCGGGAUAUUGGACUCAUCGAGAAAGUUCUCCCAAUCGAUUGUGUGGCGACGCUGAUUAAGAGGCUCACGAGUGAUAUGAACCAAGCCGAGCUCCAAUCGAUGCUCCUCCUGGUCGCAAUCGGAUCCCUCGGACUGCGACAAGGAUCGAUGAGUGAAAAUACGUACUCCAACUUCGAGGAAAUACUUCCGAAAGACGUCAUCGUCUACCGUGUGCCGAAGGCACCGUUCGACGAGCCUCACCACUUCAGAUUUCGCGUGUUGGUGGGGCUCUACAAAACACGCACCGAUGAAAACUUUGAGCCCACAUUUAUGGGAUUGUCCCACCCGGUAGGCACGGAAAAUUGGGGACUCACGGGCGCGCCGCAGCUCAUCCUCGGCGGCCACAUCGACGUGAGCUCGCUUCUCGAGUGGAAAUGUACAACGGAACGUCGUGUCUCAUGGGAGAAGAACAUACAAGGCUACGCGACAAGUCUCGUUAAAAAUGUCGCCGUAUCACAAGAAGCGCAAUCAAUUAUGGAUACACGAAUGGUGCACGAAGCGCUUACGCCCUGCCCAAAUUGGCGCUCUGGGCAGGCGCGAAACUACAUUAAUGGGCUCGUGUCAAGCGUACAAGAGCAACCAUCGUCCGUCAUUCGCUUCACCGCCAAUGAUUGGUUGGCGGCUUCUCUUCGCAACAGCGCAAGCAACGUCGUUUUGAACUCAAAUUAUGAGUUCAAAACGACGGGUGAUAUUCGAAACGAGUGUAAGAUCGCCGGUGAGAAACCGAGCGUCCGCUGUUUGAAAAGACGAUUCAUCGAUUCGAAGAAGAGCGGCACGUGUCGCCUCGCCGACAACGACGACAUUGUUUUGAAGAGCGAGGAAAAGCACGAGAACAACAAUACAGUCAGUGUUUGUUUUGAAAAUCAAAGUUAG